GCGAAGGUGGAGGGAACACUUCCGGGUCAGGGAGCGUGAGAUUCUCGGAGUUCAACCCCACCGUCCGAACUAACUCCGAUCUCAGGUGUUUCCAGCUCUCCGUAGCUUUCCAGAAAUCGGACUGGCCUGGUUCCCAGUUCCUUGACUUCAGUUCCAGAAAGCCAGCGUCCAGCUGCACAAUGCCCCACCUGGGGCCACUGCGCCGCAGGGCCUGGGCUGCGCUGCUCGGCCAGCUCCUGCGACCUCCCAGCACUGUGUGCAUCCGCGGCUGUCAUAGCCAGGUUGCAAAGGCAGUGUUAACGUCUGAACAACUGAAAUCACAUCAAGAGAAGCCGAAUUUUAUCAUCAAGGUUCCAAAGGGCACCAGGGAUUUAAGUCCUCAACAGAUGGUUGUGAGGGAGAAAAUCCUCGAUAAGAUUAUCAGCUGUUUCAAACGUCAUGGGGCAAAGGGGUUGGAUACACCAGCGUUUGAGCUCAAAGAAAUGCUCACCGAGAAGUAUGAAGACAACUUUGGCCUCAUGUAUGACUUGAAGGAUCAAGGUGGAGAGUUGUUGUCUCUGCGCUACGACCUUACUGUCCCUUUUGCUCGAUAUCUGGCCAUGAAUAAACUGAAGAAAAUGAAACGAUACCAAGUUGGAAAGGUGUGGAGGCGAGAGAGCCCAGCCAUAGCCCAGGGCCGCUACCGGGAGUUCUGCCAGUGUGAUUUUGACAUUGCUGGUGAGUUUGACCCAAUGAUCCCUGAUGCAGAGUGUUUGAGGAUCAUGUGCGAAAUCCUAAGUGGAUUGCAGCUGGGGGACUUUCUCAUUAAGGUAAAUGACCGUCGGGUUGUAGACGGGAUAUUUGCUGUCUGUGGUGUUCCUGAGAGCAAGCUCCGAACCAUCUGCUCCUCAAUGGACAAACUAGACAAGAUGUCUUGGGAAGGCGUGAGGCAUGAGAUGGUGUCAAAGAAAGGUCUAGCUCCCGAGGUGGCCGAUCGAAUUGGGGACUACGUCCAAUAUCAUGGGGGGAUAUCCCUGGUUGAGGACUUGUUCAAGGAUCCCAGACUAUCCCAAAGCCAGCUGGCCUUGCAGGGCCUAGGGGACCUGAAGCUGCUCUUUGAAUACCUGAGGUUAUUUGGAAUUGCUGAUAAGAUCUCCCUUGAUCUGAGUCUGGCCCGGGGCCUGGACUAUUAUACUGGAGUGAUUUAUGAAGCAGUACUGCUAGAGUCUUCAGCUCAGGCCGGAAAGGAAACUCUGAGUGUGGGUAGUGUGGCUGCUGGUGGGCGCUAUGACAAUCUGGUAGCCCAGUUUGAUCCCAAGGGCCAUAACGUGCCUUGUGUGGGGUUGAGCAUUGGAGUAGAGAGAAUCUUCUCCCUUGUGGAACAGAAGAUGAAGAUGUCUGGUGAGAAGGUCCGCACCACAGAGACCCAGGUGUUUGUGGCCACACCCCAGAAGAACUUUCUCCAUGAACGUUUGAAGAUAAUUGCAGAGCUUUGGGAUGCCGGGAUCAAGGCAGAGAUGCUUUAUAAAAACAACCCUAAACUGUUAACCCAGCUGCACUAUUGUGAGAAAGCAGACAUUCCUCUGAUGGUCAUUAUUGGUGAGCAAGAGCGGAAUGAAGGUGUCAUCAAGCUCCGUUCCGUGGCCAGCAGAGAAGAAGUGACCAUUAAUCGAGAAAGUCUUGUGGCUGAAAUUCAGAAGCGAUUGUCUGAGCCUUGAUUAGUGCCUGAUUUCCAUCUGCUGCUUGUAGAAGAAAAGUUUUCAUCUAGGACCGAGUUCUGGUGGACUUUGCAACAGUGGCCAGCAUGGAUGUUGUACAAGUGCCUUCUGCUUCCAUCUCUCCUGGAAACAGAACUACAGCAGGUCCUGAGGACUCGUGGACUAGCACUAGCAGCUGCUCUGCUAGAACGCACAUGGCUGUCAUGCCUGAGAGGCAUCCUCUAGCUGCAAAGGCAGAUCUGAAGCCUCUGAAUUCUGUCAAAGGGAUGCGAGGAUGGUUGCUAUGAGCAAGGCUCUGGAAGAGUCGCCUGAGGCUAAGACUCUGCACCAUUGAAAUGAGAAGCUAAAUAUGUACUUCAUUUCCGACUAUAGCUUGGAACCAGGCUCUGGAGAACUUGUCUCCAUCAGACUAUGGCUUGUCCAUGGAGUGUUGAAUGGACAGGAAGAAUGGACCGAAAAAAAGAGAUGGUGUCCCAAGAGCCCAGCAGGGCAUCUGUUGAUUCUUCCAGUUAACAGGAGAAGGGUGGGGCUAUUUCAUAAUUCUGAACAUUGAACUUAAUGGAUGAUAAGUUAGCAAUAUGCUCUUUUGAGGUUUUUGAACACCAUUCCCUUUGUUAAAGUAAUUUUUCUGGAUUAUUCCAUCUCCUGCUCUGGAGAUUGUUCUAGAAGUGGUUACAUGAUAUGUUACAUUUCAAAAAUGUACUAGUGGGCUGGAGAGAUGGCUCACCGAUUAAAGGUGCAUAUUACUUUUGCAGAGGACCUGAGUUCAUUUCCUAGCAACCACAUCAGGGUGAUUACAACUGCCUGCAACUCCAGUAACUGGUAUCUGAGGCUCUCUUCUGGCUUCCACAAACACCUGCACUUAAUGUGCACACACUCAUGCACAGACACAGACACAUAAUUAAGAAUAAAAUAAGUUUAAAAAGUAAGCAUACUUUGAGUAAUUCGUUACCCAAGGAUUAAUCUGUGUAGACAUUAGGAAAUGUUUGAAUAUAUACUGCAGAACUGUGUGAGUUACAAGUAACCUUUCCUGGGGCUCACAUAGUAGAAGAAGAGAAAAGAUUUUCUUGUUUGUCCUCUGUCCUCUAUCCACUUACCAUGACUUGUGAAGCACACAUGUAGUCUUAUAUACAAAAUAAAUUGCAAAAAGCAAAACAACCCAGCAAAAUACCAACAUAAAGUGUGGCUAGGGACUUGGCUCUCUUGAUAGAAUGUCUGCCUAGCACUUGGGAAGUGAAAGCAGGAGGAUCGGAAGUUCAGAGUCAGCUUUGGUGCCAGGCAGGGUGGCACAGGACUUUAAUCCUAGCACAAGGGAAGUAGAGACAGGCCAAUUACCUGUGAGCUAUAGGUUGGCCAUGGCUGCAUAGUGAAACCCUGUAUAAAAAUUUAUUCAGCCUUGGGUUUACAUGAGAUGCUCUCUCAAUAAAACAAAACAAAACAAAA